AGAAAUAAAUGGCACUCAUCAAUCAAGAGGUCGAAGCUCUUACAAAUGCCCUCUCAGGAAUUGGAAUUGAUGAGAAAUCGCUGAUAUCAACAUUGGGAAAAUGGGAUGCAAACGAAAGAGAAGUUUUCAGAGAGGCCAAUCCCAACUUCUUCAUAAAGGAUGAACGUAACUUUCACAAGUGGGAUGAUCAUUGUGUUCGUCUUCUCAAGCAUGAAUUUAUGCGUUUCAAGAAUGCGGUGGUGCUACGCGCGAUGCAUCCGUGGGAAAGAGACGCGCGGCUAGCGAAGGAGGCGUUGAAGAAGGGCCCCCGGGCGUACGGAGUCCUGAUUGAGAUCGCAUGCACCAGAUCCUCUGAUCAACUCUUGGGAGCCAGAAAGGCUUACCAUGCCCUCUUUGAGCACUCCUUCGAGGAAGACAUCGCUACUCACAUCCACACCAAGGAACGCAAGCUGUUAGUAGCUCUAGCGAGUGCAUAUAGAUAUGAAGGCCCAAAGGUGAAAGAUGAGACUGCCAAAUCAGAGGCCCAAGUUCUUAUAAACAUCCUUAAGCAUAAUGGGCCAAACAAGCCCAAUAUUAUUGAGGAUGAUGAAAUCAUAAGGAUUCUAGCAACAAGAAGCAAACUUCAUAUUCAAGCCAUCUACAAAUAUUAUCAUGAGAUAUCUGGCAAUUACCUUGAUGAGGAUCUUGAGGACUUAAGGUUGAAAGAGACUGUGCAAUGCCUUUGUGCUCCUCAUACCUACUUCUCUAAGGUUUUGGAUGCAGCACUGAGCAGUGAAGAUAAGAAUAUAAAGAAGGCAUUGACUCGUGUGAUUGUUACUCGAGCAGACAUGGAUAUACGUAAUAUCACUGAAGAGUACCAAAAAUUGUAUGGGGUUUCUUUAUCCCAGAAAAUUGCUGAUGUGGCCAAGGGAAAUUACAAAGAUUUCUUGCUAGCUUUGAUUUCUAGAGGAGAAUAAUUAGAAUUAUUAUUUUCAAGAAAAUAAGAAAAAAAAACCUUGGUCUUUGUUUGAAAUAUGAAACCAUAUGGUAGGGUUUGGUUUGUAUACCAUGGGCUGUUCUCUCUCCACAAAUUUAUAUUUAGUUAUGUUCUUUGUCAUAAAAAGUGCU